GAGUAAGCCUGAGGUAGUGGGACGCCGAGGCUGGAGGGAAAACAACUGCGGCUUGGACAGAUGAAGAAGGCACUGGGAUCUGACUGGUCAUGAGGCAGAACAGCAGCUGGAAAAGGCUGACUCCAAAAACACAGCCACUGAAGUGAGCAAAGCAAUCCAGAUCUGCCCAGCAGCAGCCAGGGGGUAUUUCCAUUUUAACAGGGAAUGAUCACUGAACCCAAAGGAAUGAAUCCCUAAUGGUGGAGUUUCAGGCAUUGGUAACAGGCUGAACCCGGACUCCCAGGGCCAAUGCUUACAUCUGACAAAUGAUGGCCUGAGCUAUGAGCAAACAGGACUAUAUGAACACUUCGGUGCAAGAGCCCCCUCUUGACUACUCCUUCCGAAGCAUCCACGGGAUCCAAGAUCUGACAAGCGAGGAGCCACGGUCAGGGCUACGACCACUAAGGCACUCAAAGUCAGGGAAGUCACUGACCCAGUCCCUGUGGCUGAACAACAAUGUCCUCAAUGACCUGAGAGACUUCAACCAUGUGGUUUCACUGCUUCUGGAGCAUCCAGAGAACCUGGCCUGGAUCGACCUGUCCUUCAACGACCUGACUUCCAUUGACCCUGUUCUGACAACUUUCUUCAACCUCAGUGUACUCUAUCUCCACGGCAACAGCAUCCAGCGGCUGGGAGAGGUCAACAAGCUGGCUGUCCUCCCGAGGCUCCGGAGCCUGACACUCCAUGGGAACCCCAUAGAGGAAGAGAAGGGGUAUAGGCAAUAUGUGCUGUGCACCCUGCCCCGUAUCACCACAUUCGACUUCAGUGGGGUCACCAAAGCAGACCGUGCCACAGCUGAAGUGUGGAAACACAUGAACAUCAAGCCUAAGAAGGUCCGGAUCAAGCAGAAUGCACUCUGAGGAUCCCAGGGCCCGACCAGUCCUAAAGGCCUGAGGAUGGUCAGUUUGGUUUAACAAUAAAGGAUUUGAGCAGUUGAGCA